CCAGUGCAUGAAACCCCUGGCAACGAGCAUGACACCCAGUGCAUGAAACCCCUGGCAAUGAGCAUGACACCCUGAGCAUGAAAACCCCUGGCACCGUGCAUGGAACCAAGAGCAUGAAACCCCUGGCAACGAGCAGCAUUGUAUAACCCAAUCAAAAUGGGUAAAUGUGUCCGAACACUUAAGUACUUGCUGUUUGGCUUCAAUUUAUUGUUCUGGGCAGUUGGAUGCUCCAUAAUAGCUAUUGGAAUUUACUUUGUCGUUCACAAUAUCUACGGGACCCUGUUUCCAAAAAUUCCCUCUCUAACAAUUGGCAAUGUCUUCAUUUUUUUGGGCUGUAUCAUAAUGGUAUUUGGAUUCCUAGGAUGUAUGGGUGCAAUUAAAGAAAACAAGUGUUUACUCCUUACUUUCUUUAUUUUGCUCCUGCUGAUUCUGCUGACUGAAGUAACACUGGCAAUCAUUCUCUUUAUAUAUGAACGAGAGUUAGCGCCUUAUGUACAAAAACAACUAACAAGUAGUUUUGAAGAACACAGAGCAAUAAACAACCAGAAUUCUACAAUAUGGGACACCUUACAGAGUAGUCUGAAGUGCUGUGGAAUCAAUGGCUCAAAAGAUUGGGGCAACUCAAUUCCGCCAUCUUGUUGCCCCAGAGAUAGUAAAGUGUGUACGGCUGAAGGAGCAUAUGGGGUGGGGUGCGUUAAUUCUUUCAAUAAUUGGUUUGAAAACAAUUUCCUUUAUGUUGGAAUAACUAUCAUUUGUACUUCUAUUAUUGAGGUACUAGGAAUGUCCUUUGCGCUGACGCUGUACUGCCACAUCUCCAGAAGCAGUAGCUCGCUGAGUACAUAGUGAAACACAGACCACAGAACUGCACGAGAUCAUCACAAGCAUCCUGCACACACUCCUGUGUACAACAUUUGGAACGUGCAGGGACAAAUACUAAGCUUUGCAUCCCAUUACUGCAGCACAACCAUUAGCUUAAAGUGCCCAUCUUGUCAAUGCACAGUUAGUUCCAAUAUUAAUGAAAUGGCAACUUACCAGGUCACUAGAAAGAAACCACCAGCAUUGCCGUGCUCAGGUACAUCAGUGGUUCCUAGUGAAGUGUUGGGUUACAUUUUUAUGGAUAUUGGUUACUUCAUACCCUCCAGCUGGACCUUUUUGGCAGGUACAGCACCUUUUUUUAUGGUCUCUACCGAUUUUUGGAUCUCCAAACUUCCAUUGAAAGUAUAGGAAAAGGGGCAUGGCCACGCCACUUUAUCCGUGGCCACGCCCCCCUUUCGAAUUUGUACCGAUUUUUAUGUGUAAAUUGUUGGAGGGUUUGUUACUUACCUUCAAUGGGGCUCAUGUAGAGUAGGACACAUUUGUACCAUGGACGUAAGCAAGAAAAUAUGCAUGCAUGCAUGAAAAAGUAUGUAUAUUUAUGCAUUCCCAUAAAGAUGUGGUACUCUAUAUGUAUACCAUGGGGCUUAUGCAGAGGUGUGCUUAUGAUUAUUAGCACUGCACGUGCUCCACAGCUGAGCAUAUGAGAUUAUGAAGAAUUACCAGCAAAGCAUCGACAUCUCAUUUGCAUCUCCAUUUGCGGCUGAAGAGGGGUGACAGUGGGGUGAUGUGCCGUUUGCCUAAAGCAUACCUCCCAACUGUCCCGAUUUUCGUGGGACAGUCCCUUUUUUUUGUUCCAUGGUGAGGGGGGAGAGCAAUUGGGAGGCUUCUGUCACUCAGACAGAGAAUAGCAGCAAUGACAGAAGAACUGGGGCCAUGCCAGAAGCUCACAGUACUGUGCAUGCCCCCUCAGUGACAAAAACAGGGGAGUGGCUCGCAAUCGCAGCACUCAUGUGAGGGCCAUGCCCUCUUCUCUAUAGGCCACACCCCCUUUUCGGCCAAGCGCUAAGGUCCCACUUUCCCUCCCAAAGAUGCAGGGAGGUAUGAUAUAGGCCAAAUUCAGUGAAAGCGUAUUGCAGGUGUGCAGUCGAUUUUACAGGAUAUGCAGAAUUGUGCAUACACAGAGUCCCAUCCAAUUGUAAGUCACAUAUAAUGAUGUAGGCUACUUCCAUAAGCGGAUAUAUCGGGGUGGUGUGGCCACAUAAAAUGUGUUUGACUUGGCAAAUAGGUGCAAUAGCAGUUGUGUGCAAUCUGCAUCAGCCCCAAUAUGCCAGAUGUAAUAAAGCAAUCAAUGAAAUGACAAAUACACAAGAGAAGUUUUUAGCCAGUGUUAUCAGUACAUGUGAAAAUCAUAUUUAUCAUAUUAAGUACAGUCAGAGUAUAAUUAAAUAUAAACAUCUGUCACUAGAUGCUGUCAAUUCUUCAUUGUGUGCCAUGGCACCAGCAGAAAUAUACCUCCUGGCAGGUGUGUAUGUGUACGCAUCAAGGGUCACCUCAUUCAUAAUUACAUACUGUACUCCCUCCCCCAUGCCACUUCUCAAAUCACAAGGAGUCAGGAGAGUAGGAUGCGACAAAUUCUGCUUACUGACAUACAUGUUCCCUGUCUGGUGCACAUACAUCAAUCAUACCAUGGGAAUGUGUCCAACUCUACAUGAGCCUCAGGGCCUGAUUCAGAUGGGACAGAGUGGUGCCAGUUGUUGUGUCCAUGCAGAGCCACAGAUCUCAUUUCAGGUGCACGCAGGGAGAAGUGGAGUGAAAAUGUAGCGGGCAUUCCUGGGCGGUGCACGGGAGGUGUCUUAGGGCCCGAUUCAGACCUGAUUGCUGCUGUACGUUUUUGCACAGCUGGCGAUUAUCGAUAGACUGCGCAUGCGUGUGCACCGCAAUGCACAUGUGCAUCACCACACAACAACAGGCAUCGCCGAGCAGUGACAGGCUGGUGUAAAAAUUCUAAUCGCACAGCCAUUCGCAUGCUGAUUGACAGGAAGAGGCCAUUUUCAGGGAGUGUCAAGGAAAACACAGGCAUGCACAGGCAUUUUCAGGGAGGGUGUGUGACAUCAGCUCCAGCCCCGAUCAGCCUGUUCUCAUCGCACUGUAGGAGUAAGUCCUGGGCUGCGCACAGACUGCACACACUGGUGAAAACCAUUCACUGGUGAGUGAGGUGCGAACGGAUUUGCAGCUGUCCGCUGACUGAGGGAUACUUGUAGCACGCACAGGGCUGGUUCUAGCCCUAUUUGCGCCCUGGGCUGGAAAUAGGGGUGUGACUUUGUACAGGGGGCGUGGUCAGUUACGCCCCCUGUACAGUAGAGUAGCACCGCUGAAAUGCUGAGUGGUGCGCGAUGACGUCAUCGCGCACCGCACAGCAAAGGUCCUCUCCACGAAGGGAAACUAGACACGUAGCGUCUAGUUCCCUUCACAGGGGGACACAGCCGGGGGACACAGAGGGCAGCGGGGGGCACAGCAGUAGCGGAUCUUGCCAUGGUGCAGCGCCCUCUGGAUGGCGCCGGCGCCCUCCGGAAGGCGGCGCCCCGGGCAAAAGUCCUGCUUGCCCAUGGCAAGUUCCACUACUGAGCACGCAUACACAUGCGAUCGCACACUUGCACUGCGAAUAUACACUCCCCUUGGGCAGCAACUAUCUGAACACAGAACAGCAAAAUUAGCAGCCCAGCCAUCAGGUCUGAAUCACCCCCUACGCACACACAUGGAGAUAGUCCAUCUUAUGGGAGUGUCUCAUGGGUGUCAGUGAGAAUGGUUGCAUAGACAGAUGGAGAAAGUGCACCUGUCAUAGGGCUCAUGCAAGUUUCAAUGGUGCGACCGAUGGUAGCGACCAAGGAUGCACCAUUCAGUAUAACAGUAUGUACAGAUGCUGGAAGCAGGGCCUACUUAAUGUAUGGGGUCACUGGGUAGCUGCCCAGGGCCCCACAAUUCUAGGGGCCACUGAGCAGGGGCAGGCUGGGCCAAUCAAAGUGCAGCAUUUCUCUACCUUUGUAGUGGAAUUUGCAUAAAGUCACAGGCGACCACCAAUAGAUGCAGCCACGGCCACUUUUGUCCACCUCUGAAUAAGGCCCUCAUUGUGCUUAUAAGACAAGUGUACAGUACCUUAAUGUUGACCUGACAUACUCCAUUGGAAAACACAUUUAGCAAUAACAAGAAGAGACCCUUAAUGCGCUUAAUGUCAGUAGCAGCCCUUAGUCACACAGAUAAACCUUCACCGUGGUUUUAGAGAACAAUAUAUAGAAAAAUAGUGAAGCCAAGUGGCGCAGCUUUACACAUUCAGUGAUAACAAAAUUGCUUACACAAUAAUGAUGUACCAAAUAUUUCCAAACUUGAAAUAGAUAGUCAUAGACUUCGGAUAAUCGGUGCUAUAAAUAAAGAGGAACACAAAACAUUCCGAGUUGAUCGUAGCUGUGCUAAACUUAUCACAGCUACGAUCAUGUUGCCAGACAUGUGGGGGGACGUCCAGCACAGGGCUAGUCCACCCCGCAUGUCUGUCCGCCCCCCAGCCCGCGCAAGUAAAGAGCAUCGCACAGCGGCUAUGCAUUUGUGCUUGUUGUAUAACUCACGGCCAGCGCAGCUUCUGCGGCUGACCUGGAGUUGGUCGUGGCUGCCCCUGGUUGCAGCGGCUGCGAGUGAUGUCAUGCAGCCACUGCGGCCCGGCCAUGCCCGCCUGUCAAUCAGGCAGAGGCAAUCACUAGGGAACGACGGCCUUCGGCGCCGUCGCAUGCGCAGUUCUGACCCGACCACUGCGCUGCAAACAACUGCAGCGAGUGAUCGGUUCGGAAUGACCCCAUAGUGCAAUCCUGUUGAUAAUAAUAGUGAAUCUUUAUUUGUUACUGGUCCCACUCACAUGAACGAACAAGCAAAAUUGCAUGUAGAAAUCAAGACUCUGGAUAUGCACGAUUCCACUUCAUAAAUAUGUUAAAAACAUAUUUUCUCCAUCAGGCACUUGAAAUAUAAAAUUAUAAUAGUGCAAUACCAUCUGUGAAUGUAGUUAAAAAUAAUUUUAAUAAAAUACACUCACAAACGCUGAUUAAAAAUGGCAUAUAACAAAGAGGUGCUGAGGAGACAUCUGGGGAGCAAGAUACCGCAAUUCGUAAUUACCGGAGUAUAGUCAUCAAAAGUCCCGGUUACUCAUGUAAAGUCCCAGGUUACUUAUCACGAACACCGUCUCCCUGGUCCUCAGAACGACACACAUGAUCCCCUGCUUGAGCGCUUUUGGAUGAAUAUCCUUCUUCUGAAGCAUGUAAAAAACUAAUUUGUAACCUUUGUUUGACUGUGUCUAGCAUCAUAUAUGUAUUGUAAAUGUAUGACAUUCCAAAUCAGUGACAUAAAUAGAUAUUACUGUAACAAUGAAAUAGUAGGGAUUUAUUUACUAAUUGUGUUUCUGAUGUAAUGCUGUCAAUGCACUGCCUUUUAGUAAAAGAGUGUACGCAAACUAUAUCUACCUACACAGACAUAUAUUGACACAGAACCAGAAAGAGAAGAAAGAAGCAGUUUUCGUUGGACGCACUCAACCACCAUUCCUUUUCUUAAAAUAACUAUUCUUUAUUGGAUAUACAUUAAAAUAAUUUGGGGAGUUGGUGAAAUAUUAAAAUACAGUAUGAAUAAGAAAAACAAAGUGUAAUAUUAAAACUACUUAUUUCCGAUUGGUGAUCCCUCAAAGUACAAAACACAAUAAAAGGCUAUUUUGCCUAUGAAAAA